AACCAGAACAACAACAACAACAACAAGAACAAACAGCAACAGCAACAAACAUUGCCAAAAUGCACUUCACCACCGUCGCCUCCAUCCUGGCCCUCCUCCCCGCCAUCCUGGCCGCCCCGACACCCGUGCCCGGCAUUUUCGAUAUCUUCAAAAAGCCGGUGCCCACCUCGUGCAAGCUGGCCCUGACCAAUGGCAACAAGCGCGAGGUCGACGCCAUGUUGCUCCCGCCCAGCGGCACCACCAUCCUCUCCGACACCUCGGGCGCCGGCGUCUUCACCGCCAAGGUGAACUCCAAGUGCGAAUUUACCAGCGUCAGCCCCGCCCUCCCCACCGGCUUCAAAAUUGAGGGCUCCGUCGACAAGGAGGGCAAGCCGCCCAAGUCCAGCACCAAGCCUGACACCGCGGCUGGCACCAAGCCUAGCACCAAGCCUAGCACCAAGACUGGCUCCAAGACUGGCACCAAGACUGGCACCAAGGCCCAGGCUUGA